CACUUCUGGACCGGGACAGACUUGUGCAAGGAGAUCGAUACAGUGAUUCGUGUGAGAUACCGGAAAUCUAUAGUUUGUCGAGGAUGCAUCUAUAGUUUAUUUGAUAUGAAGUAUUGCUGGCCACCUCGGAAACAUUCGCCUGAGCAUACCACUUACAAUAACUUGAACACGAUAUUCUGGACGAAAUUCAAAGAACAGCAGUUAAUCCACCGUCCAUUUUUCUGAUAGAAAUCAAAGCAAGAAAGAUAUGUCGGCGCCUCCAAUCCUUGACUUCUCACCUUUUUACAGCAACGACGUAGCUGCAAAAGCAGAAUUGGUCAGGAAGGUAAAAGACUGCUGUCUCCACAAUGGCUUCUUCCAGAUAGUAGGGCACCAAGUCCCGGCCGAGCUUCAAACCAAAAUCUUCGACUGUUCGAAAGCGUUUUUCGACUUAUCUCUCGAAGAGAAGAGCAAAGUGAAUAAAGAUCUGAACACUUGGAAUCGAGGCUAUGAACUCCUCCGCUCUCAAAUGCUGGAAGUCGGGACCUCGCCUGAACUGAAGGAGGGAUUCUACAUUGGCGAAGACCUUCCAACCACGCAUCCAUAUUUCAUCGAGAAGAAAUUAAACUCGGGACCUAACGUGUGGCCAUCCACGUUAUCACCAUCCCCGCUGUCCCUGGAAGAGUUCAGAGACACAACAACAGCGUAUUACAACCAUGUCGUUUCUCUUGCCAAGGAUAUCUUGAAAGUCCUGGCCUUGACUUUGGAUCUGGAAGAGGACUGGUUUAACGAAUUUACAGAUGGAGCAGUAGCGACUAUGCGGCUGCUGCAUUAUCCACCCCAAGAAAAGGAUAGUGAUGAGAAGUUGUCGAGAGGGAUUGGGGCUCAUACUGAUUUUGGUGCUGUGACCUUGCUAUUGCAGGAGGAAGUUGAUGGUUUGCAAGUGUGGGAGAAGGAAACGAAGAGUUGGCUUGAUGUGGUCCCAACGAAGGGGGCUUACGUCGUGAAUUUGGGGAAUAUGUUUAUGCGAUGGUCGAAUGAUCGAUACAUCUCCAACCUACAUCGUGUGAUCAAUAAAUCUGGAAAGGAACGCUACUCAAUCCCAGUCUUUUUCUCUGGAAAUCCGGAUUAUGUCAUCAAUUGCCUGCCAAAUUGCUGCGCGGAAGGCCAAAAUCCCAAAUACCCUCCCGUCACAGUAGCAGAUUGUGUGGGAGGUAGCUACAAAGAAAGCUAUGGGCGUGCAGCAGCGCAUAAAGCUGAGCAAGCACAGAAAGGGACGAUGACCGCGGUGGGGAACAGUGUGCCGAUAGCUGUUUAAAUUUAGACUUCCGAACCAAUUGUCUUUAAGAACGUGGAUGAGGAUGAUUGAAAUGAUAAUGACAAUCC